AUGGGAAGUGCCUCUGAUUGUACACAUCCUGUCCAAUUAUCUGGACUUUGUGCAAUUUGCGGUAAAGAUGUAUCACAAGAACAACAAUCUGAAAGUUAUCAUAUAUCACACUCUACAGCAAAUCUAACUGUUAGCUAUGAUGAAGCGCAGAGGAUUGGAAAAACUAGCAAACAUACUCUAUUAAAGUCUAGCAAACUUGCACUAAUCGUAGACCUCGAUCAGACGAUUAUACAUGCAACCGUUGAUCCAACGGUUAAUGAACUAUUACAAGAUCCAACUUUAGUCUAUAAAGGUGCACUUAACGAUGUACAUAAGUUCAAAUUGGGCGAUUUCGGUCUAGUAAACCAUCACGAAUUUGGUAGUUGGUAUUUCGUUAAAUUUAGACCAGGUUUGAUGGAAUUUCUUGAUAAUAUGAACAAAUUAUUCGAAAUGCACGUAUACACUAUGGGUACACGUUCUUAUGCUUUAGCUAUUUGUCAACUUAUAGAUCCAUCCGGGAAGUAUUUUGGUGAAAGAAUUCUUUCACGUGAUGAAUCAGGUUCAUUUACACAAAAAUCUUUACAAAGGUUAUUUCCAACGGAUACCUCAAUGUGUGUUAUCAUUGAUGACAGAGCUGACGUAUGGGGUGAUAGUCCGAACCUCGUGAAAGUAAUCCCAUUUGAGUUCUUUGUCGGUAUAGGUGAUAUUAAUGCACUUAAUAAACGUAAAAAACUACGGAGCAAUCAAAAUGGAGAUGGAGAUGGAGAUCAAGAGGAGCAAGAACAGGAUAGCAAUGAGAGUCUAUCGAAGCAAGCCGAUCAGAGACCUCUAGCUAAGCGACAGAAAGAGCAUCAGCAAAUCCUUAGUGAAACAAUAGAUGAAGAAUUACCAAGAUUAUCUAAAAUACUAACUCAAAUUCACUCAAAUUUCUACAAUUUCAAAAAUGCGGGCGAUGAUCCAGAUACCAAGGAGAUUAUACCAACAUUAAAGCGUAAAGUUUUGCAUGGUUUGAAAUUAGUCUUUAGUAGUGUCAUCCCACUUGGUAUGCCACUAGAGAUAAGCGGUAUAUACAACCUCGCCAGCAAGUUUGGCGCCACAAUUGAUCACAAUUAUAAUGAAAAGGUUACCCAUGUCGUAGCAGCAAAGAAAGGCACUGCAAAGGUAGAAGAUGCUAAGAAAGGUGAUAGUGCCCACGUAGUCUGGUCGGAAUGGUUGCUCGAUAGUUGCGCUAAAUGGGAGAAAAUGCCUGAAGAGAAUUAUUAUUUGGAUGGACCACCGAAUAACCCUAAGCAGGUCGUCCAAGAGAGCCCCUCGAAGUUUGACCACGUUGAUUGGGACACUGCUGAUCAAGAGUUAGAGGAUUUUCUGAAUGAGGAAGACAGCGAAGGAGUUGAGAAUGAAGAUGUUACGAAUGAAGGUACCACCAGAAAACGUUCGCGGGAUAGUCCAGAAUCAGCAUCAUCAAUCAACUCACCAAAACGACAUAAAGCCGAUAGUGAUAAAUCGAGCGAUGACUUUGACGAUUUCGCCAAUGAACUCGACGGGAUAAUAUAA